AUGAUACCCUUCAAGAUUCUAGUUUGGAAUUGUAGGGGUUUGAAUAACACCGAAACUCAAAAUGCCCUUGUCAGUCUGGUUCGCCAGCGGAACCUGGGCAUUAUUUUUCUCUCAGAAACCCUAGCUUCACCUGAUCUUCUCUCUGAUGUCCGGAGGAACUUAGGGUUCGAUGGCGUCAUCUGCUCCCCUUGUAGUGAUGAUUGCCGUGGUUUUGGCCUUUUCUGGCGCAAUGAAGUUCCGGUACGCCUCCGCAAUUACUCCACUAAUCAUAUUGAUGUGGAGGUUGGUGCUAUCGGGUCAGUAGGAGCCUUUCGUUUUACGGGGGUGUAUGGAGUAGCUAUUGCUGCAGAUCGUAUGAUUACUUGGAAUCUCUUACGAACCCUAGCUGCUCAGGUUAAUAUGCCAUGGAUAGUUGCCGGAGAUUUUAAUGAAAUUCUUUAUCUUGAUGACAAAACUGGAGGUCCUCCACGGAAUGUAGUCCAAAUGAAUCGUUUUCGGCAAGCCUUAGUGGAUUGUGAAUUGAUGGAUAUGGGGUUUGUUGGUUCUCGUUAUACGUGGUCGAAUCGUUUCACCAAAGAGAGACUUGAUAGGGCUUGUCAGAAUGUUCAAUGGAGGACAUUAUACCCCUUUUCUCGAGUUAUCACACUACCCUUGAGUCUAUCUGAUUAUUGCCCUUUACUAGUCGAAGUGCUUCCAGAACCAUUGCCCUUAUCUCGGACCCUAAAGCAAUUCCGUUUUGAAGAAAUGUGGUUACAGCAUACUGAUUGCGUUAAUGUUGGUAGAAAAAUCAAGCAGACUGGUACUCUGUUGCAACGGUGGCAUUCUGAUGUUUUCCAGCAGCGACAAACUGAGAUAAAGCUUAUACAGGGGAAGUUGGAUGAUCUUAUGAGGAAAGACUACGAGGUCAGUCAUUUUGAUGAGCAGAAGGCACUACAAUUUCGUCUGAAUGAGCUUUUAUCACUUAAUGAAACUUACUGGAGGCAACGAUCUCGGAUUCAAUGGUUACGAGAUGGUGACCGGAAUACUUCCUUCUUUCAUAGAAGGGCGUCUAAUCGACGCUGCAGGAAUCGAGUUAAGGGCUUGCUUAAUGGUCAAGGACAAUGGACCUCCCAACCUAUUGAGUUGUCUGAUAUUUUAAUCAACUACUAUGAAACUAUUUUCCAUUCGGAUACAGUUGAUAGUAUUGCUCUAGAGACCAUUCUGGACUCCAUGAAACCUAAAGUUACAGAGGAGAUGAAUAGAGAUCUUGUAGCUUCUUAUACUGAUUCCGAAAUUAGGAAGGCCUUAUUCCAAAUGCAUCCGUCUAAAUCCCCCGGACCUGAUGGUAUGUCUCCUUGCUUCUUUCAAAAAUUCUGGAACGUGGUUGGUCAUGAUGUUUGCAUGGCUGUUAGGGAUAUACUUCUUACAGGAAGGAAUUCACUGGAAUCAAAUUUCACUCAUUUGACACUCAUUCCAAAAAUUAAAGAGCCACAGUUACCUUCUGAUCGACGACCUAUUGCAUUAUGCAAUGUGGUUUAUAAGAUUGCUUCUAAGGUCUUGGCCAACAGAUUAAAGCGUAUUCUUCCUCACAUUGUUUCUCCAUUGCAAAGCGCUUUUGUUCCCGGGAGGCUUAUCUCAGAUAAUACCUUAGUGGCUACAGAGAACGGAACUAUCAAAGGACUCUUGAUGUCGCCUACUGCCCCAGUACUUCAUCACUUGUUAUUUGCUGAUGAUAGUUUUCUUUUUGGAGAGGCUUCUGUUCGAGAGUGUCAAGCAUUUAAGAAUUUGCUUUCUAUUUAUGCUCAGGCUUCGGGGCAGAUGAUCAAUCUACAAAAUUCUAGUGUUGUCUUCAGUGGUAAUGUUAGUAGGCAGGUUAUUAAUCAACUUUCCUCUAUUCUUGGAGUGACCUGCGUUAAGGAGCAUGGUCUGUAUUUGGGAUUGCCUAUUCAUCUAGGACGUAACAAGACAACUAUUUUUUCUUACCUGAAAGAAAGACUUUCCAAGAAGUUAAUCAGUUGGAGGUCUAAGAUUCUCAGUGCAGGUGGUAAGGAGUUAUUAUUAAAAGUAGUGGCUCAAACUUUACCCAAUUAUGUCAUGAACUGCUACUUAUUACCUAAGUCUCUUUGUGAUGAUCUUAAGCAACUUUGUUCUCAAUUUUUUUGGGGAAGUACAGAUGGGAAAAGAAAGAUUCAUUGGAGAUCUUGGGAAAGAAUGUGUGUUCCUAAGGAGGCUGGUGGCUUGGGUUUUAAGCAUCUGCAUGCUCACAACCUUGCCAUGUUAGCUAAGCAAGGUUGGCGACUUCUCUCGAAUCUAGAUUCACUUGUUGCACGGGUUUUUAAAGCUGUUUACCAUCCAUGGGGAUCUUUUCUUGAUGCUGACAUGGGUGACAGACCUUCUUAUUCAUGGAGGAGCAUUAUGGAAGCUAGACCUGUGUUACAAGCUGGGUUAUUUUGGAGGAUUGGUAAUGGAACCUCUAUGAAGAUCUGGGAGAAUGCUUGGAUACCUAAUGUACCAUCUCAUUCCCUUGAGAAACCGAAUGAUACAGUUUUUGAAGUGGUCUCUGACUUGAUUAAUGCUCAGGAUUGUACUUGGGACAUCUCUGCUGUUCAUGCAUGUUUUCCUUCCGAUAUUGUUCCUCAGGUUUUGUCCAUUCCAUUAAGUCGGAGAGUGGGGGUGGAUAAGAUUGCUUGGAAACUUGAUAAACGAGGUCUCUUUUCAGUUAAAUCAGCCUAUACCAUUGCUCGUGAUUUUUCUAUUGGCAAUGUUUUUGCCUCGUCUUCCAAUGGUGAUACUUAUGCUCCACUUUGGAAAGCUUUGUGGAAAGCAAAUGUCCCUAACAAAGUGGCUAUUUUUGGAUGGAGAGCAGCUCAUAAUCUUCUUCCUACUCGAACUGCAUUAACAUCCAAAGGUUAUUCUGGUGAUCUUAAUUGUUGUGUUUGUUUAGAAUCUGUGGAAACCCUUAAGCAUUUAUUUCGAGAUUGUAGCAUUGCUAAGGAUAUUUUGGGUGCUCCUCCUUUUUCCCUUCCUUCUUCUCCACUAACUUGGAAAGAGUGGUUGCUGGAUCGAGCCUCCAAUUUGUCUACUAGCUUGUUUGAUAAGUUAUUGGUUCUUUUAUGGAGCUUUUGGAAGAACCGAAAUGAGAAGCUUUGGAAAAAUCGGUCUCAAACUAGUCCAGGGUUGGUGGCAUCGUCUAUGGCCUGGUAUGAGGAGUAUAUGCAGGCUAAUAAACCUUGUACCACUACCACAUCAGUUCAACAGAAAGCCAGUAAACUUUGGCUAGCUCCCUCGGGUGAAAAAGUGAAAUUGAAUGUGGAUGGUGCUUUUCUACCUAAUUUGCAGUUUGGGGGUACAGGUGGUGUCCUUCAUAACUCUCUUGGUCAAUUCCUUGCUGCCUUCUCUAGUCGUGUGCAGUUUGUUAGUUCUCCAUUACAUGUUGAGCUUUUGGCUCUGAAGAAGGGAUUGGAGUUACUGCAGGCCAUGCAUAUUACGAAUGCAGUAGUCGAAAGUGAUUGCCUAAUGGCGGUACAAGCUAUUUAUGCUUGGGAUUGUGAUCUGUCACCAUUGAGAGCCUUAGUUGCUGAUGUCCGAAGUCUCCUUCACUCUAGUACAGAUUUCUCCAUCACUUUUGCCCCUAGACAUGCUAAUGUUGUAGCUCAUAGGUUGGCUGCUCUUAGUUUUGAGUCGGAGAUACAAUGUGAAUGGUUUGUAACUGCUCCAGUUAUCAUACUGGAUGCCCUCAUGUACGAUUUUAAUCGUACCUAG